GGAAUUGACUUCUAUUGCAUCACCUUCGGUGCGGGACUUCUCCGUGGCGGAGAAGCAAACGGUAAACGCCGUACCUGCUCUUCUAUUGCCGUCGUCUGAAACAAGAGACGGGAGCUCCGAGCCGGGAAAAACCAGUAUCAGGUCAGGCUCCACUCGUUUCGUUGCUCUUCGCUCUCUCUCUCUCUCCGCCCUUCUCGCUUCCUUCCUCUUUUCCUUCUUCUUCUUCCUUAUUCCUCUUUGUCGUCUUCUUCUUCGUCAAAGUCUGAUCGUUAAUUAGGUCUUUCGUCUCCCAAGCAUCAAAGUUCAAAGGAUAAUUGCCCAUAUUCUCUCUCUCUCUCUCUCUCUCUCCAAGUAAUUUGUUGUAAAUUUCCUGUAUUUCGAUCCAUUAUGAUAUACAACAUAGUUAAGAAACAAACCCAUGUCGAAUAAUUUUCUGUAAUUUGUCAUGUUUGUAUGAAUAAUUCUUCAUUUUAGACACAUAUUAGUGUUGAUUCAUGGAUAAUUACCCGUUUAGAAACCCUUAUGGGCACCCUUAUCCUUCUCCCUCUCCUUCUCCUUCUCCAAUUCAUCCAUACCCACCUCCAGGUUCAGAUCCAUACUCACCUCAACCACCUCCUCCUUCUGCUUAUUCUUAUGCCCACUACAAUUCUUCCCAAUCCUUCACAUACCCACAGCUUCCCUACGUAGCACCUCCUCCUUCAACCACGCAUUCAGCGCCACCAGAAUAUCAGUACCGUCCACAAUCUCAUUCUGGUCCUCUUCCCUAUCCUUACGGGUACCCUGUUCCUCCCACAGCCUAUAAUUCAACCCCCCCAACCCUUGAACAUCAUGGCAGUUUCUCAUCCUCUAAUCACUACCAACAUCCCAGGCCAUUCCACUCUACUGAUAUUCCCCCCCAUGCCAUUAGCUUCUCUGGCCACCACCGGCAGGACAGUUCACCAUCUUUAGGAGCUGGGUUGACAAAUCAUGACAGUGUUGACGUGUCACCAUCUUACACUGCUGCCUAUCCACCUGUGGAUAGUAUUUUAGCUGGCAUGCAUUUGUUUGAAAAUCAUCCAACUGCCCCUGCAUCCCCCCCAGCACCUUCGGUGUUGCCUACAGUGCCGAAUUCCCCUCCAAGCUAUCCUAGCUUGAGUACAAAUAACUCAUUUUCAAGUAGUUGCGAGUCAUCUUAUUCUGGCCGGAUUAAUUCCCCCGCUUACUCUCCCCAUGCCUACUCAACCGCAUUUGAUGGGUCCGAGCAUACUCAGAAUUUGCAGAUUGUACCCUUUGAUACGUCUAAAGGGUCCUUGAAGGUUUUGCUCUUACAUGGGAAUUUGGAUAUUUGGGUAAAAGAAGCAAAAAACCUUCCAAAUAUGGACAUGUUUCAUAAAACUCUAGGAGAGAUGUUUGGGAAAUUACCAGGGAAUGUGAGCAACAAAAUUGAAGGGCAUAUGGCUCGAAAGAUUACUAGUGAUCCAUAUGUUUCAAUAUCAGUAUCAAACGCUGUUAUUGGGAGGACAUAUGUGAUUAGCAAUAGUGAAAAUCCUGUCUGGCUGCAACAUUUUAAUGUUCCUGUUGCACAUAAUGCUCCUGAAGUGCGCUUUGUUGUUAAAGAUAGUGAUAUUGUGGGAUCUCAGCUUAUAGGAGCUGUGGAAAUUCCAGUGGAACAUAUAUAUUCAGGGGCAAAAGUUGAGGGAACUUUCCCAAUUUUAAAUAGUAAUGGUAAACCCUUGAAAGCUGGAGCUGUGUUGAGUAUUUCAAUCCAAUACACCCCGAUGGAGAAACUGUGCAUUUACCAUCAUGGUGUGGGGACUGGUCCUGAUUAUUAUGGGGUCCCUGGCACAUAUUUUCCUCUUAGAAAAGGUGGUACUGUUACUCUAUAUCAAGAUGCACAUGUUCCUGAUGGCUGCCUUCCGAAUCUCAAGCUUGAUCAGGGUUUGCAUUAUGUGCAUGGCAAGUGUUGGCAUGACAUUUUUGAUGCAAUACGUCAGGCACGACGCUUGAUCUACAUUACUGGAUGGUCAGUGUGGCACAAAGUUAGAUUGGUAAGGGAUAGUAGUUACGCAUCAGAUUACACAUUGGGUGAACUUUUGAAGUCCAAGUCGCAGGAAGGUGUGAGAGUGCUGCUUCUUGUGUGGGAUGACCCUACUUCAAGGAAUAUUUGUGGAUAUAAAACUGAUGGAUUUAUGAAAACCCAUGAUGAGGAAACUCGCAGUUUUUUCAAACACUCUUCAGUACAAGUGUUACUUUGUUCCCGCAUUGCUGGAAAGCGACAUAGCUGGGUCAAGCAAAGGGAAGUUGAAACAAUCUACACGCACCAUCAGAAAACAGUGGUUGUGGAUUCUGAUGCUGGCCAAAAUAGAAGAAAAAUCAUAGCUUUUCUUGGAGGACUUGAUUUAUGUGAUGGGCGAUAUGAUACUCUGCAGCAUUCUUUAUUCAAGACGCUACAAACAGUGCACAAAGAUGACUUUCAUAACCCGACUUUUGUGGGGAAUGUUGUUGGUGGUCCCAGAGAGCCAUGGCAUGACUUGCAUUGUAGAAUUGAUGGGCCAGCGGCAUAUGACGUCCUGAACAACUUUCAAGAGCGCUGGUUAAAGGCUUCCAAACCCCAUGGUUUAAAAAAGCUAAAGAUGUCAUAUGAUGAUGCUCUGCUAAAGAUUGAAAGAAUACCAGAAAUAGUUGGCAUGUUUGAUUAUCCUAGCUUGGGUGAGAAUGAUCCAGAGUCUUGGCAUGUCCAGGUCUUCCGUUCAAUUGAUUCAAAUUCAGUUAAAGGCUUUCCAAAAGAUCCAAGAGAAGCUACAAGCAAGAAUCUAGUAUGUGGGAAGAAUAUACUGAUUGACAUGAGCAUACAUACAGCAUAUGUGAAGGCAAUUCGUGCUGCUCAGCAUUUCAUUUAUAUUGAGAAUCAGUAUUUCAUUGGAUCCUCAUACAAUUGGAGUUCUCACAAAGAUUUAGGUGCUAACAAUUUGAUUCCAAUGGAAAUUGCUCUUAAAAUUGCGGAAAAAAUCAGAGCAAAUGAGAGAUUUUCUGCAUAUAUUGUUAUUCCAAUGUGGCCAGAGGGUGCUCCAACAGGAGCUGCUACACAAAGGAUUCUAUUUUGGCAGCACAAAACAAUGCAAAUGAUGUAUGAGACAAUUUACAAGGCUUUAGUGGAGGUUGGGCUUGAGGAUGCAUUUGCACCACAAGAUUAUUUGAACUUCUUCUGCCUUGGUAAUCGUGAAGCUGUAGAUUGGAUUGAUACUUCAAAUGUUGGAAGCGCUACUCCAAAAACUCCUCAGGCACAGAGUCGAAAAAACCGGCGCUUCAUGAUUUAUGUUCAUUCAAAAGGCAUGAUAGUGGAUGAUGAAUAUGUAAUAUUGGGAUCUGCAAACAUCAACCAGCGGUCCAUGGAGGGCACUCGAGACACUGAGAUUGCAAUGGGAGCCUACCAACCAUUUCACACUUGGGCAAGAAAAUUAUCUAAUCCACAUGGCCAGAUCUAUGGAUACAGGAUGUCACUGUGGGCAGAGCACACUGGAGUCAUCGAGGACUGCUUUUCACAACCCGAGACGGUUGAAUGUAUGAGAAGGGUAAGAUCAUUGGGUGAGAUGAAUUGGAAACAAUUUGCAGCUAAUGAGGUAACAGAAAUGAGGGGCCACCUCCUGAAAUACCCUGUUGAAGUUGAUCGAAAGGGCAAAGUUAGACCGCUUCCCGGCUGUGAAACUUUCCUGGAUGCGGGAGGAAAUAUAGUGGGGUCAUUUGUCGCCAUUCAGGAGAAUCUUACCAUCUGAUUCUCAGAUUAUAUCACAUUUCUAUUAUACACUAGACCGAGAACAAGCAUCUGCAGCACCCCACCCUCCGCUUCCCCCCAAAAUAAUACCCGCAGAACAGAGGCAGAAAACCAAAAGAAGCAAAAGGAUGAGCCAAGUUCAGCUGUUGGGGAUUGUUGAUUUUGAGUAUAUAUGUCAGAAGUCCGCAAUUAUGUAUAGUUAUUACAAUUUUCAGUCAUUUUAUGAGUGCAUAUCAGUGUCAGACCGAGGCUGCCAGCGGCCUACCAUUACUCUACUCUUUGUUCAUGGAUCACAAGCGAUGAGGUCCUUUUACUUUGUGAAGUCAUUUUUUCGGGAUAUGUAUUGUUUGUAAUUAUUUCUUUUGUUUGAAAUUUCUUAUGAUUAUUAUACUCACGGUGCAGCCAAAAGUGCUCCCCCAAUUGGGGGUGCCAUUUAACCUUUUCUCUUAA